AUGCGCGUCCUGAAAGUGGACGACAUAUUCCAACUGGACAGCUACCAGCUGGUCGUGUUGGCCUUCAAUGAAUUCCUCAUCUUCACAAUGCUAUCCAACGUGGUCUUCAACAUGUUCGGAGCGGCGGCUCCGCGAGUCCCCGGCUGCGACGACGUCGUUUACAACGCCACGAGCGUCUUCCAACAGUGCGAAGCGUACGACGCCCAUUUCGACUGUCAGAAGCCGAUUCUGAAGUACGAGUUCAAGUCGGCGGCCGUCGAAUUCGAGGAACUUUGCAAUCGGCACGACGAAUCCUACAUCGACCACGUGACCAAACUGUUCGGAGUGAAUAAUCGAGUGAGAUUCUCGACGACUUCUCAAAUGAUCGGCGUCAUGUUGGGCUCUGCGAUAGCCGGACAGUUGUCCGAUUUGUACGGAAGACGGAAGGUGAGCCGAGCGGGUUCUGUGCGGUGGGGCGAGCUUGCAUUCUUACAGAUCACACUCGUAUUCCUCUGCCUCAUGCUCUUUUUCUCCACGGUUUCGAGCUUCUCGUCGACCAUCGAGGUUUUCAUUAUCUACCGCUUCUUUAUUGGAAUCUGUUGUGGCGGUCUCACUACGUAAGGAAGGGAUUACAAAGGGUCCAAUCGCGUCGAUUCUUCCAGUGUCGGGUGCAUUUUCGUGGUGGAGAACCUUCCGGCGGCGCACCGUCUCUGGAUGAGCACCGUAAUCACCUGGGCUCCGAACUACAUGCUCUUUGCUCUCUUUGCGUACGUCACUGGCGAAUGGAGGGCUCUCGCGCGGAUGUCCAAUGUGAUGACCGUCGUUGCGAUCGCCAUUUGUGCUUUGUAAGUUGUCAGAAGGCACUGAAAUCCUGCGAAUUCCAUUUAAGUCUGUUACCUGAAAGUCCCAAGUAUCUGAUUCAAACUCGGAAAACGAAAGAGGCGAUUAAAAGUAUAAAGUACAUAAACAAGUUCAAACGAGUCAGGAAUCAGUUAACUGACGAAGAAAUCGAGGGCGUCGUCCGAACCGCCAUUGACGCCGACACAAAAUCUCGAGCGAAAGCGAAGAAAUACAGUUUCAUUCACCUCUACAUUCACCCGAAGAUCACCGUUCAAACCCUUGUGGCCUCCAUUUCAAUGUAAGAGCAUCUCUAAGAGCCCAACCAGAAGCAUCCAUAUUGCAGGUUCUCAGUGAGCUACGUCACUUACGGGCUCCUCUUCAACUACGACGUGCUCACCGGCUCCAUUUACAUGAACGCGGCGGUGUCCGGAUUGCUCCGAUACAUUGUCGGAGCUGUCGUGGCCGUGCUUGAUCACUUCGGAGGCGAACACGUCGGAAGGAAACGAAUGCAUUUUAUCACGGUCUCUUUCAUCAUGUGCUGCAUGUUCGGCAUCUUUUACAUCUACUUUUAUGGUUGGUUAAGGGCACUUUCUGUGAGUUUUUCGAUAAUGUUCUUUAGAUUUGGUGGCGGAGUACAAAGGAUGGAUCCGUGCUCUGACGCUCUUGGCCUUCGGGACCACCGGAUGUUUGUUCCUUCAGUUGCUGCUCAUCACUGCGGAAAUGUUCCCAACGGGCAUUCGGAACAUUGCAUCCGCGCAUAUAAACGUCUGCGGAAGGCUCGGAAACGUAUUCGGACCAAUGGUUUUCAAUUAUGUGAGUGGUGGGUCUCGCAGAGAAAAAUUAACAUUUUUUGCAUUCAGAAGCUCGGGUUCGCUGGCUCCGGCUACUUAAUUCUGGGUCUCAUUUGCCUUUUCGAUGUGAUAAUCUUCCAUAUCUUCAUCCCUGAGACUAAAAAUCAGCCGCUUCCGCAAGGAAUGCCAGAAAAGAAGAAAAAGAGGAAAGGACAGCGAGAGACACAGAAAGAGCUGAUGACGAUUCCGGAGGAACCUUGA